UGCAAGAAGGCUACUCGCCAAAAAUAAUACAUUUUCGUUAUUUUUAUUUUAUACAAAUCCAAUUAUUUGUUAUAAAUGUAGUCUCAAAUGUUACUUAGCUAGUCAACUAAGUUUCGCACAAUGUUUAAAAUUGAAAGUGAAAUUGUGUUUGACAGAAGAAAACUAGGCAGGUGUGACAGCAAGAAUACCGCAUAGAGGAUUUCAAGGGGAGAAAAUAUAGAAUUUGACCCAAUUUGGUUUUUCAAAGCUGAAUAUGGGUAAAAGUGAGCUAAGGUUGGAUUCUGCGGGUGCUUUGGUCGGGAGCGCCUUGUCAAAUCGUCGGCAUAACAUUUGACCCAGUUAGUGGCUGUGCGUUGACCUGAGAUCCCAUGGAACUGUAUGCGGACUAAGGCACGAUGUUAUUUUUAGGAUACAGCUUUGCAGAUAAUUAAAUAUUUAUAGAUGCUGUACGCGAUACUAGAUCGGAAAACAGAUAACAAACGAAAGUUUCCUUGACCUUUUCCUCUGCAGAAUGGUGAAGAAUGUACAUACAAUGGGAUAGCUAUAAGGACCUGGCAAGAACUACCGUAGAAUGCACAUAGCAUGAAGAUGACUUCCUCACAAGGGAUCAAUUUACUCAUAGCACUAUUUACACACACACACGCAAUUCUCUGAAAAAUGAAGUUACGAUUCUAAAUUUGAAAAGUCAUAUCAAAUCCAAAAGUUAAAGCUGUUCUUACAAUGGUUACUUAGUGAAUGUACGAUCAGUGUAGGAUAUAAGCUCACCUGGGCUGGUAUAGGGCCGCGUGCCCACUAGUGGUGACGCAGGAGUGAUGAAGAAGCAAAAUGUACGAACUUUGUCGUUGAUUGUGUGUACGUUCACAUACCUGUUGGUUGGUGCGGCCGUUUUUGACGCGCUCGAGUCUACUACGGAGAGGAACAGAUUUGAAGUUUUACAAGCAAUCGAAGGCAUGAUAAUCCGGAAGUACAACAUAACGGAGGAAGACUUCCGGGUGAUGGAGACGGUGGUGCUCAAGUCCGAGCCCCACAAGGCAGGGCAACAGUGGAAGUUCACCGGCGCCUUCUAUUACGCCACCACCGUGCUUACUACCAUUGGCUACGGGCACUCGACGCCCGCAACGGUCGGCGGCAAGUUGUUCACGAUGUUCUACGCGAUCGUCGGCAUCCCGCUUGGCCUGAUCAUGUUCCAGAGCAUCGGUGAACGGGUCAACAGACUUAGCAGUGUUAUAAUAAAGUCCCUGAAACACGCGAUGAACUGCAAAGCCACCAGCGCGUCUGAGGUGGACCUCAUAUGUGUGGUGACGACGUUAUCAUCGCUCACAAUCGCUGGUGGCGCCGCGGCGUUUUCCAAGUUUGAGGGCUGGAGUUACUUCGACAGCGUUUACUAUUGCUUCAUCACGCUUACCACUAUAGGUUUCGGCGACAUGGUAGCUUUACAAAAGGACAACGCGCUGAAUCGCAAGCCCUCUUACGUGAUGUUCGCGCUCAUCUUCAUCCUGUUCGGGCUGGCCAUAGUGGCCGCCUGUCUCAACUUGCUGGUGCUGCGUUUCGUCACCAUGAACACGGAGGACGAGAAACGGGACCAGGCUCAAGCGGAACAGGCGCAGCAAGUAGCCGUACGGUUGGAAGGCGACGUGAUCACUGCGGACGGGGCGGUGCUACGCGGCGUCGCUCGCGGCACGCGGCUCCCGGCCUCCGGGCAAGGCGAUACGUCGAUGAUGCCGCUGUAUGUCGACGAUGAGUACCCGCCGAGCGUCUGUAGCUGCUCCUGCAACUGCUUUGGACCUAACAAUUUCCAACUGGAGCCGGACGACUUCCGCGAAAUCGUGGCCAAGCGCCGAGAGCAACUCCGCAAAGGCAUGAUGAUGUAUGAGAUGUGCAACAACAACGAGCAGUACCUUCAUCCGUACCGCCACAGCACCUCCACCAGGGUGGAGACCAGCCCGCACAGCUCCUCUCUCUACUCCAUGAACAUGAGAUCCGACAACCGGAGCAAUGACCCACUAGUCGAUGACUACGACUCUGAAAAAUCCAGCUAUGCCCGGAAGAAACUACUAAAGAACAUAGCCAGAAAUACUUCUAAACAAGAAAAUUAUUUCUACGAUGAUGCUGUGUUGCACUUCGAUGAUGAAUAUGCCUUCGAUGGCUCCAUACUCUUCGCUAAGCGGAGAAAAUCAGUCGACAGAAACUGGGAUUUUGCCAUGCCGAAGCAGGAUCCGGACCAAAUAUCCAACGAAAGCUUCGGGUACUACCUACCUGAUGACGAUGACUUGGAACAGUAUUACGCGAACGAUACUCUAACUUUCAAUCUGCCACCGCAUCGCGCGAGCAUAUAGUGUCAGUGCCAAAUAGGUUAGUGUUAGUUCCAAACUAAAAAUGGGCCAAUUAAUACUACGGUUAAAGUAGACUUUUACAAUUUUGCGGUAGAAUUUGAACGUUAUAGCUUUUACACAUAGUGUGUAGUUGCGUUUUUUAUUCAUGUUCUAUGGAUUGAGCUUGGCUUCUGUAGAUAGUGUACAGUGUUUCGGCGGCUUUUUAGUGUGCGUGGAGCGCCGGCCUCUCGAAUGGCAAGUACCUACUGUAUUACACUCUGGCACACACACUUUGUCAGAAGAAAAAUGGCAAAUUUAAAAAAAUGCAUCCCAACUAAAACUUAAUAAUUUCGCGCCCUGACUGCCUAACAAAUUGGGUGUGUCUGAGUUUAUUUUUAUUUUUUAAUCCAACAUUGAUUAAAUUCAAUGUUUAGUAUGUAAAAUUGCGAAAUCUCUGCCAAAUUAUAAAUUAGUUGUCUUCCAUAAAAGCCAAAUGAAUCAAAACAAGUCCUUAACUUUUAAUGUAAAGAGUGAUUUGUUUGACGGGAAUAAAUUCA